CAUUUCGCUUCUCUGUUCCAUUUUCACACUAUCAAUCAAACUCCAUUUAAAGGCAGCGCAGCUGAUCGGCAAUGAGGGUAGGGUUCUGAGUUCUGGCGAUUAUCAUGGCUUUUUCCGACGAGGAUUACGAACCAAAAGCUACUCCCAAGCUCUCUCUGACCAAGUUCCCCAUUAGCAAGCCUAGCAGAGUACCGUUAGCCGCACUCACGCCGCCGCUCCACGCGCCGGCAUCUAUACCGUUUCUAUGGGAGGAAGCGCCGGGAAAGCCGAGAACCUCCGCCGUCGCCUGCGAAGCAUCGCCGCCGCAGCCGCGGAACUCCAAGACGGUCUGCCGGAGCCUCGACUUGCCUCCUAGGUUGCUGAUGAACAACGAAUCGGCGGCUAAAAUGACCACCACGCCCUCGCCUACCACCGUGCUGGACUGGCCGGACGUCAGCCUCUCGUCGUUCUCGUCGUUCCGAAGCGUCGAGGAAGGCCUCGUCAGGCUCCGAAAGGGAGAGAGCAAAGAGCGAUCAUCAUCAUCGCCUCCAUCGUCAUGGGAAAGCUCCAAGGAGAAUGCAAGGGUUUGCAAGGGCAGCUUUGACUUUUCCUCCUCCGUAACCGACCCCAAUUCUUACGGUAAGAGGGCGAAGAAGUUCGCAAGGGUUGGAAGAAGAAGCAGCUUCCUGAAUUUCUCACGUAGCAGUUCCAGUCUUUUGGCAAGCAUUUAUGAAAGUUUUAAGCAGGCGGUUCCGCGGAGGUGGAGACAAGAACAGAUGAGACUAUCCCCUGCCUUCUUGCACUUUUGCAUGACAACCUCGUAUACUAUGUAGCCACGCAUCUCUCCAUCCACAAUUCUACCUAUCCUCCUCACCACCCACCCCUCCCCCUCUGUACCUAUAUAUAUCUAUCGUCUGUACAUUCAUCUCCCCGCCCACAGUUCAUGGCGUUCGAAGCUCACGAAUAUCCCAGGACACCGGGAUUUUCGAAGGCAAGCCGAAGAGAA